GACCAGCAUGGGCGACCCGUGCCGGCAGCGGCGGCGGCGGCGGCACGGUGGAGGCAGCUGUCACUUCCUCCGCGUUUUUACGUCGCGCGCGCGGAUACACGCGCUCGCCGCCGCGCGCGCGGAACCGUGUCCCCGGGUGUCCUCGCGAUCCCGCACCCCGUCCCCGUUCUGCGAUGCGUGACCGGGGUGCGUCGCGCUAGGUGCGUGCGAGAGUGGUGCGUGUGUACCCGAGUACUCGAAUACUCGAGGUCACGAUAGGACGCAGCGAGUACGCUUUGAUAUAAGUACACGCCGCCAGUCGCCGAGCGCUUACGUCGACUCGUGGAAAAUACGCGGUGCGGAGGAUGAGACGCCAGCGGGGGUUGUAACGGCGCGAGAGGGGAACGGAAAAGGAGAGUGACGAAGGGAGAGAGUUACGAGGAGGGAGGGAGAGAGAGAGAGAGAGAGAGAGAGAAGGACUCGAGGGUGCGCGGGGUGCAGAGGGACCAGGGGAGAGGGAGAAAGAUAGGGUGAGAUCGACGACGUGCUACGCGACAUGUGUCCGUGCUGAGGAUCGUGUCCCCGACUGUGACGACGUUCGAGGGUGCGCCUUGAGCAAGGGCGACCGGUUCUACGGGAGGGUGAGGGGGAGGGUGAGAAAACGGACGGACGGACGUGGUAAGACGGAGAAAAAUUUCAUCAUCCCCCUGCAUCGUCGCCGGGGCUCUCUCUCGCCGUCGUCUACGCGGGACCACCACCGAUGCAGACCUUACGGAAAAAAAACAGUCCGUGCAAGUGUGAGUAGAACAGCCGGGCUUCCGCCCCGGCACGUCUGUGUUCUCCGUGAAUUAUCGUCCUCGCGAGGAGGAUCGCGAACGUCAAGCGGCUUCGGAGCUCGCACAUUUCCCGUCUGUCUCGAGUCCGGGCAUGACGGUGUUUCUGGUACCACCCUGUAGAUCGGUUAGGGGUAGUUGAGGGCGCCCUGUAAUAUGGCUUCCUCGUCUUCGUGGUGAAACAGGACGGAUCGUUUGUCGUUGUGCAUUUCGCAGGGGUGCUUCGCUACGCGUUUCGUGCGCGACGCAUGGCGUGAGGCAGCGAAAAAGUAACCCUUGCCUUUGGGGUUCGCCGGGGGAGCCUGUUCGAGGGUUUCCCUCGUAUUCGUUACCGAUCGAGCAGUGUAGCUGUCCGAACGCGCGCACGUUCUCGGCGGCAGAUGAUGCUAGUUGUGCCGUACGCGUGUUGGAAAUUACUACUGGAUUCUAGAGGGGCGCGAGGGAGCGCGUGCAUCCCCUUAUUCGAUUAAACAUUAAUUGUCUUAUGGGACUGUAAAAGAAUUAUACGAUAGGGGAUCUUCAUAAAGAAGACAAUGGGGGCAGAUUGGAAAAUAUUCUUUCAUGUAAAUAGAAAUAAAAAUGCGAACAAGCUAAAUAAAAUAAAUUUGAUAAAAUAUAACAAAAAUGAAGUUGCUCCGAAGUGCCGUAUAUGGAUACGUGCUCCUACUGCAUAUCUGAAGCGAUUAACAUUUCUUGAAUUACGGUUGUGGAAUAUACGCAGAAGGCGUUGCGGUGAAUAGAAGAGAGACAGAUGGAAGUGGCAUCUAAAUGAGCUGCAAGAAUGCAAGUCAUUAUGCGCGUAGAUACAUGCUUUUUGUGGAUAAAUUCUCAACGAGUCACGUCAGUGACAGCAAUUCAUCAUUCUAUAUUUGUUCCUGAUUGCAGCCGAUCCUUCGUUGUUACAUAAAUUCAUCAUAAAUUGCCAUCUUUGCACGUGAAUGACGACUUGCGUCGCAUAAAUACAGUGCAUACACGAUAGGAUAUCCGCAAAUAAACGGGUCAAGUUUGAGUGCAGUCAGUCUUCUUCGAAGCAACUCUUUCAGCGAAAAUAUCAGGGAAAAUAUAAAUAAAAAUUGUCGCAAUAAAAAUGUUCUCACGAUACCUUGCUAUAGCACAUAGUCGUCAUAGCAUCACACUUCUAUCAGCCACCAAUGUUCUAUACGACAUCCGGAAGUAUGUCUCGGUCAAAUUUCUCAAUGAGUCAGGAUCAUUGAAUUUCUUUCUAAACUUCUUUGAUCAUCCCUUUAAACGCAGGUAAAAUUGGACCAAUUGCUUCAGGGUCGAAACAAUCUUCCACAAUAACGGAAAGGCUCGUGGUACACGUGUUAAUCGACCCCGUGCUCUCGUGCGGUUGCUCCAUUGUCGCGCGUCUCAUCCCCCGAACCGCAAUAAUAAUUGUUGUGAAAUGGAGGCGCGACAAGUGGAACUCGCGGCAAGAUGCAUCUGGCAGGGGGUGCCAGGGAACAGAGAAGGAAGGAGCCCGGGCUCCUGCGGUGAAAGAGCCUCGCGAUGAAAAGUUGGACCGGUACAUGCUGGAUUGGUGUAUAUUCUCGAGUAUCGACAGUUGGUGUUCUCCACUCGAGAACGACGAGUGCCUUCGAACAAACGUGACGGCAGUCUCCGGUCAUUAGAAUCGCAGGGGCAGCGAGAGGUGCCCGCUGAGAGAAGAAGAAAAGGAGAGAGUCACGAUAAAUUGGCGCCUCUUGUCUUUUUUUUUCUGCAGUGCUCUCUCCCCCGUAUUAUUUAGAUUUAGCGAUUUUCCAUGGGGCUCUGUCGUGCUCCUCCCCUCGUUUGAGUACACCUUCGCUGCUAGCGUCGAUUAUCUUGUGCAACCUUGCACAAUUAUGACGCUUGAACAGUAAUAAACAGUUAUUUUCGCCUUGAUACUUAAUAUCGAGUUGUAUGAAUUAAUCGCGUUCGUCGUAAUCAGCGCCAAUUAUCUUUGUUGAUCGCAUUGAAGCCGCGAAAUUAUAACUCGCGUAUGACUCACGUUCAGCAUUGCUAUAAAUAUUUGUCCCCGCGCUGCAUCGCGUUAAUUCGUUUACCAAAUAUUAUCGGUUACAUUUCGAUGCUUGGACAAUAUUGCUACUUUCUUUCGAAGCGGACGUUACGAAUCGCUAAUGUUCGCCAAGCUGUAAAUAGGUAUCGGUCCAAUUAUCGGCUUCCGCUCUAAGCCAUUAAUUUUAACGCCGGUCUUCACGGCAACAGCAGAUCGUUCUCGGCAGGCACUCGAGCGGGGUUCUCUCAUUUUGCAGUCCCGCUGGUCAAAUUGCUUGUACGACCGAUCGAUAUCGGUUUAAUGCAUUCGGACGUAUCGCCGGAUCGCUCCACGGAACCCCUGUGGCUCCAAAUACGAUAAUUCGAUCCGCCGGGCAAGUCUCUCCUUCACGCGAGACUGAGCGGGGCUCACACGUCGCGACGUUACAAUGAGUGCUCCUCCUCAUGGUGGUGGGCUCUUGCAUUUUCGCGUUACUUCCACGACGAUUCACCGCGCGAAAGCACGAGACGCAUUUGCGGACGACGACUUUGCAUCCGUCGAAUUUUCCGAUGAAGUUUCACGGUUUUCCGAUCUUCCGAGCUUCGUGGAUCCCUCAAGUUUCUCGGCUUCAACAGAAUAGAAUCUUGAUUUCGUUUCACGCAGGCUACUUUUGACAAAGUAAAGAAAUAUCUUCCGAAAAAUAUAAUUCCAUACAAGAAUGACCCAAACCGCUUUCAUGGGGAGGGUGUAUCGUUCAAGGCGAAGCUGAUCGGUAUUCUGGAGGUGUCGGAAGCACGCGGUGACCGGAUGUGCCAGGCGGCCUUGGCUGACCUGAAGAUGGCGAUUCGCGCCGCCGGCGAGCACAAGCAACGAAUCGCCGUUCAGGUCAGCAUAGAUGGGCUUCGUUUGAAGGACGAGAAGACAGGGGACUGCUUGUAUCAUCAUCCGGUGCAUAAAAUAUCAUUUAUUGCUCAAGACAUGAGCGACUCGAGAGCCUUCGGAUAUAUUUUUGGCUCACCGGACACCGGACAUCGGUUCUUCGGCAUUAAGACUGAUAAGGCAGCGAGUCAAGUAGUGAUAGCGAUGCGAGACUUGUUCCAAGUAGUGUUCGAGCAAAAGAAGAAGGAAAUCGAGCAGGCAAAACAGCAGAUAGAGCAGAAUGCCAUUAACGCGAUUAAAUUCCACACCGGCGGUAUUUUCGUUGAGCCAGCGCCCGACACUAAGGGCGCAGCAGGCACCGAGUCCUCGUUUCAUCGAAUUCGCACGACUAACUGCGAGGUCGACAAGCCCGUCGAUCGCAAGAACGAGUCACAGAGCGGCGUGAUCGCGGAUCUGCUGGAUCUGCAGUUCGAGCUGAAUUCGUUGCAGCAGGGCAUCCAUCAGAUGGACAAGAUCACCCCCGAGAAUCCCGUGCCGUCUACCGACGACCUGUUUGAGACCGAUCCGUUUGGCGACUCCUUCGUAAACAUGAAGCUUCAGGAGACAGUUCGUCCAAUCUUGCCACCGCCGCCCUCUUCGACGAAGAGAGGACAUCUGGAGCGGCAGCACACCGUACCGGCACCGCCUGCAUCGAGCACUUCGAGUCCGGCGACGUUAGUCAGUAAAACACCUCCACCACAGAGCUCGAUUCACUGGUUUGAUAAGGAGGCCGAGAAUCUCUUUACCGACAACGAGCUGGCAAAUCUGCAUAAGAACGCGACGUCGAAGAAGGACCAGGAAGACAGCUCGGUAGAGACAACACCUCGCAAUACUCAGACGAAGAGCCCGCAGAUCGACGUAUUCACGGAGCUGGAUCCCCUGGGGACCGGUCUGAUCAAGCCGUACGUGGACAAGAAAGACUUCUUUCAGCACCUGAAGAACCCGCCGAAGAAAGUCCUCAAGGAUCUGGUGUCCACGAGCUCCAGCGACAGUUUCCCAACAAACUUCAACAUUACGACCACGGAUAGCAUGGAGUCGACAAAGGUGCACAGUGAGAUGUCGUCGCGAGACAGCGAGGACAGCAACUUCGCCAACUUUGAGCGAUUCGACGAGAACGAGGAGCAAGGGGACUCGCCGCCGAAGAAGGAACUGUCCUCGAGAUCGAUUCAUCAUCAGCCGCUGUCGGUGUCACUACCACCGGAAGAGGCGACGUCGUCCAAGGGAACAACAACUGCGUCCGCGAACGCCACGGGUGGAGGUUCGAUUCUUCGCAACAUGGACAGAGACUCGACGGAAUCAACGCAGGCACUGGUAAAGCUGCCGAGUCCGAAAAAGUACCUCCAGUCCGUACGGAAGAGGGACUUCGAUAUCGAUUUGCCGGGUGGCAAGGCGCACCCCGCAGAGCCCAACAAACAGUUUCCGGUGGACUUUUCGGUGACGAACGAGUCGCCAGCUUCGCCGCUGCGUUCUUGCUCGUCUGACGCGAAUUCGCGUCUGUCCAGCUCGAGCGCGGAGCUGGAUCUGGUACCAGAACCGCCGCCUAGGGGUGCAGGCAGUGUCCUCAUCAAUCCACCGCCAUUACCGCCAAAGAAACAGGGUAAUCGUGGUGGUGCAAGGCCGCCCCCUAGACCGCCGCACACGGACGGACACUUUCAGUACGACUUUCCGCAGCGCGAGACUCCGUCGUCGCCUACCAGAAUCACCCGCGACAAAAACAAGAGCCCGCCGAGGGAUUCUAGAGGUCAUCAAUUCGAUGACAAUUUCAGUCCGCCUCCGCAGUUGCCCGCUAGAUCAGACUUUGUGGGUACGAUGAGCGCGACCAGCACCGCCGCCUUUGAGGACUCCUUCAGUACGAUGAUGCCGCCCGCAACGUCGCUCUCCUCUACGUCUUUUACCAGCAGCACUGCCGUUUCAGCUGCAGAUACGAAAAAAUCGACGAAACCAUCCCUCGACAUCACGCUUAGUCAGCUGACGUCGUCUUGGACGAAUCUGGACGAACUGGCGUCUAGUCUCAACAUGACUGUCCAGCAGCUGACGAGUAUGACUCUGACACAGUUGACGCAAUGCUUGGCGACUCUAUCGACGAGAGAAACUGCCAGCAACGAUGUGCAGGAGACUGUCGUUUCGCCAGUGACAACGACCACGAAGGAACAAGUGAUAUCGCCCAGGACCACGAUUAUGGCAUCAUCGACAUUGUCAUCAUCGAAACCGCUCGAAACGACAAUCGAGUCCAGUGUGACAUCCUUUGUACGUUCGGAGUCGUUCAAGUCCAAUUACGAGCCGGCACCGAAGCAAGAUUCCACGUACGACAAGUAUGCGGUUUUCAGGGAGUUGCUGGAGAUGGAGCAGAUGGAGCGGAAAGAGGAAAUGCAAAUGGAAGAGACGGGCGAAAAGGAAGAAUUGGACGAAAACGGACAAUCCGAUGGAACGGAGAUUGAGUCGGAAGUGAGGGUCAGCGAGAGCACUUCGGAUUCCAUCGCCUCGCUGGUGAAUCUGACUGUCAAGCUUCCGGUCAAAGACGAGAACCUGUUGAGAGAAGAGCUCGCGAGAUCCAAUGAGACAACGACGACCGAUACACUCGCGAGUCUGACAGCGGAGAGAGAAAAACUAGCGGAAGUCGAAGACAGAGAAAGCGUGGAGAAGGACAGUGAGGAGGUGAUGGUAGACGCGGACGUUACAUCUGAUUCAUCCACGGUUCAGCAGACGGAGAUAGACGCCGAGGACGACGAGAAGACGCAGACCAUCAUGGAGGCGGAGGAAAAGGCGGAAAACUCCGAGAAGGGUAGCGACGCGAACGGCACGUCCUCCGAUAAAGUCGGCUCAGACAUCCUCAACGAAGAGACGAACGGCUCGUCCGCGGCCGAGAGAUCCUCAGUGGAAGUGAAAUCAUCCACGUCGACGUCGAGCGACAGGUAUGCUGCAUUACGAGAGAUCAUCGGUGAACCGGAACCGUCGCCAAUCAGAAGGGACGAGGACGAGAUGAUAAGCCCGGCUCGUGCAUCACCGGUGAUACAGCAGCAAUCGCAACAGAAUCAGCAGCCGAAGAGUCUGGCCGAAGUGGAGCUACUGAAUCUGUUUGCUGACAACCUGCCGCCACCGUCAAGCCCGAGCAUCACGAUCAAAAAGGACGCCGACCUGAAAGCCGUGGCGAUGGACAUCUUCGAGGAGAUAAAGAUGCUGAACACCGGCACGCAUCGCGCUAUGGAGGGCAAGCCGCCGUCAUCCUCGGGCUUCGAAGACAUGUUCUGUCCGUUUGCGGAGACAACGCGAUCGGACAGAGACGACAGCAAAGAGGACGGCAAUUGGGCCAAGUUCGAGACGAGUAUCUUCGGCUCGUCGGACAGGUCGUCCUGCGAGGGUCAGCGGUCGUUAGGCGGCACAUCGCCGUGGUCGCCGGACGGCAAGGACAUCCACAGGGAGGUACCGUUCAAGGGCAGUGGCGGAUAUCGACACUCGGGUGACAGCGACAACGAGUGGAAGGACGAAGAGGAGAGCGAAGAGAGCAACGGUAGAGUACGAGGAGACGGCAGGUACUGGUCGCGACAUCCGCGCUUCGACGCUCCCGCCUUCGAGGACAGAUCGUUUUACGAGGAAGGCGACAAGCGGGAGCGCAGCUUCCGCGAUAGGAUGGGCAGGAAGUCGGGACGUGGAACGCCAUGGGGCAAGAGCGCCAGUAGUAGUGGCGGGGGUCAUCGACCACGUGACCCGUCGCCCUGGCACGAGGAGGGCCAGUGGGAGGACGAGGGCCCGAGACGCGCAUAUUCGCACCGGAAAGUGCCAUACAAGGACGAGGAGGAUCAAUACGAGGCACACUGGAAGUGUCGACCGUCGAAGCCGCCGCUGUCGCAGCGGUGCAACUGGAGCCACGAUGUCCACGGUGGCACGUACUACGACGACGAGCGGAAGCGGAAGUUGAUGCUGUGGAGCGAGGAGGAUCGUUUCGGUAGUCAGGAGAGCAUGGGCUACGACGAGGAAGACCGGUGGAGCAGGAGAAGAUACGAGAGACGGCGAUGGGAGGAGGACGGCAGAUUCUGGGGCAGACGGGGUCCACCGGAUGCCGAUUAUCCCAUGAGAGAGCCGUACUACUACUACAGGGACCGACCGCACGACUAUCCGUCCUGGGACGAGGAAUACGGACCCGAACCACGUCCGGCCGACGAUUCGCCCAGGUACAAUCCAGCGGGGAGGAAGAGACACUGGCCGAAGCGGCCCAACAGUGCGAACGACGGCCGCAACCCUGACGUGGUGUACACAGAUCCGCGCAAGUUCGGCGGCACCACCAGGUCCGAGUGCAGCGACAACGACUCUGAUCCUUACCUGCGGCCUUCCCAACGAUCGAGGAGCCGCGAGAGCUACUGGGGGAGCGAUCAGGAGUACGACAGUUGGGCGGAGCGGCCAUACUGGUCCGAAGGUCCGGACGCGAAGAGCGAGACGCUGCAUCGCAAGCGGAUAGCCAGGCACAAGACGCGACAGGUGCAGAAGACGCAGAGCCCGUUCGAGGACGACUUCGCGCAGAGCGUCGAGCACGCGGAGCCGCCGAGCGGAUCCGCGGCCGCGCAGCUGGAAUCCUUGGCGUCCAUGGAUGCGCGGAUACGAUCGCUCGACGUGGCCGAUCAGAAGCGUGAACCACCACCGACGAGUCCCUCGUCGGGUAGUCGAGGCAGUAAGGAUCACCUCAGACGGGAUGUUUCCGGACGGGAGUUCAGCAAGCGGUCGAGCUACUUCGAGGACGAUCUGACGCCCACGGCGAGCGCGUCCAGCGACACGUCUGACCGACAGAGAUUGUCGUCCGAACUGAAGGCCACCCCGGAGGAAUUACCGUGCGACAUUAAAGACCCGCAGCAGCAGUCGAUCGACGGCUUUACGGCUGAAGAUAGCGGCCGCGACUCUUUCUUCAACGGUGACCUGAGGUUUGAUGACGACGCGUUCGCCUUCAAGUCCGAGCUGGACGACAACGUGCCGGAUCAUCGCGCCACCACGUUACCGCUGAAGAACUCGCGGCAGGGGAAGUACGGACCCGGCAACAACAACAACAAUAACAAGAGCAGGAGCGAUCAGUACAUCCGGAAAUCAGAGUCGGUGAACAUCUUCGCGCGGGAGAGCGACCCGUUCGACGGCGACGACUUCUUCAACUGAUUCGUCAAGUGACGGGCUGAGAUGAGGCCGAGGAUCACCCGAAUUCCGCGCUGAAUUCAGUGACGUCGAUGUGGACUAAAUCAUUGAGACUUGGAUGAGGAAAAAAGAGAGAGGGAAAGAGACCACGAGAUGAGUUUCGUUGAGUAUUGCGGGAAACGUCGGCGGAUCGUGAGAAACGGUGUAAUUCUCGCUGCAGCAAUACUUUGUUCUCGUCGGUCGUAGCAAUUUUAAUGUAGCCAUGUUGAGCGGAAAAGCAUUGAACGCGAUUCGAGGGCGAAUGCGGAGGUAUCGUUGUCCAUAGUGUAUCUUCGCUGCGCUUUUAUCAUAUCGUGAAAAUUCAUGUCGCUUAUUUGAAAAGUUCUUACGAGGAAGGUUAAAAUUUCCCGUUAAUUAUUGUAAACUUUGUUAUACUCAAUUAUAAUAUAUAAAAUCGAUUAGUUAAGACAUCUCUACUCACGUUUUCGAUAGAGAUUAAUUUGAUCUGACAAUGAAAGGGAGUGCAACGCGUUUGGAAAUUGUUGGUCGUAAUUUCUUGCUGAAGCGCAAACAUUCUGCAAGGAAAUAACUAGUCACUGUUCUAACGAAUCUGUAUAUAAUACGAUUGAUGUAUUAGGGGUGAUUUGCCGGAAACGAAAGAGAGAGAGAGAAAACAAGAAAUCAGCAUGAUUUAAUAAAAUCUUGUGUUGUGUGAUUGCGUUAUUAUCGUUUACAUCGUUUUACGUAUUUGUUUGUAUGUUCGCGAUUUGUGUACGCGUUGCGAGUGCGAGUUAAUUUAUUUAAGCGUAUAAUUUAUGUAAUAAUUCUGUAAUUCUUUUAAGCGAAAACGAUUCUAGUCACGCGUGCGUAACCGUUGUGCUGGGAGAGAAGAUGGACCGAUCGCGCGCAUUUUCGGAAAAAUCAAAACAUGAUUUUUAUACAUUUUUAACUAGCUCGGAUCGAUUACGUUGCAUCAGGCGUUCGUACAUAAUCGAGGCGACACGGUGUAUUCUUCUGCGAGCUCCCCUUCGAUUUGCCAUUCGGUUACGCCGCCGAUGAAUUGCUCUCACGCGUGAAAAAUACGCGAAGGGUGGUAGAAUUGUGUUUACGCAGAUGAUUAUUAUCUUACGUUUGUCGUACUUCCAGCGUUUAACUGGCAGAACUCGGACUAGUAAUUUUUGCGAAACGACUUCGUGUGUAUUUAUUUUAUGCGUGCGAUCGGAUUGGAAAACCGGGCUUUUCUAAAAAAACAUGAGAAUCGAUAAUUUUAUCUCUUAAAUUCAAUCGAACAUUAUUGGUUUGUAAAUGUGAUGCUGAGAGAAUAAUGUGACAGCCUGAGCCAACAACUGGUUUGAAAAAAUCGAGUUAAUAUGACAGUGUUUUCGUAAAAGGGAUAAUAUUUAUACAUUUUGAAUAACGUACUGAUUAACUCAACAUAUGGUAUUGCAAUCUUUUUUGUUCUCAAAAUUCUUUCGUGGUUCAAGCUCGCAGUAUUCUCAAUAUUCUUCGAAAUUAUAAAUUGAAUGAUAGAAAUUGCACUUUAACAUAUCUAGAAGGGAGUACAAAAGGAAUUUAUUAUUCCAAUCUGGUAUUUCGUAUACCACGCAGAUUAAAAUAUUUUUUUCUAUCCAAUGCGAUCUUACGUACGAGAGGUGCAAUUUUUCAAGGUUUGCUGCAAUUAUUCGCAAAUGUAUUCGCAUGUACGCUGACCGAGUACUUUACGCUAACCACCGAACUACAGCGCGAUCACGCCGACAUUUUACACUGUAUGUAUUUAUGUAAUAAUAGUAGUAAAUUAUUUAUCACCGUUUAAUGAGAUUACUCGACACUCUGUAUUGCGAGUACGCGUCAGAAUGAUAAUGACAAUACGGCUUCAAUGGCAAUUCAAUUCCUUACUCUUCCCGCGUCCCACCCACAAUUUGUUAAUACGUCUAACGAUCAAUUAUACAUAUAAUCGUGCAAGUCCAUCUCGCUGUUUUUGCAUACGACUUCCCGAGGGAUCGCGCGGGCGCUUUCACGCAUGAUCACGGAGGUCCACGGCGGGAAAAGAGAUAUCAUCUGCUGUAUAAAGUAAAAUGAAUAUAUCGACGAUACAUAUCCCCAGC